GCGCUAUGACGGCGCGUCUUAUUUACCGCAUAGAACAGUCCACACUGGCCGUACCAUGAUUGCCUAAUUUGGAAAACUCAACCUCGGCUUGCCAGUUUUGGUUCAGUCUUCUUCCACCUCGCAGUUUCUUCUUCUUCCUCCUUCUCCUCCUGCUCCUCCUCCUCUCUCUCUGCCACUCCAACUUUGCUUCUCUUGCUCGUCUUCUUACUCACCCUCCUGCUUUUCUCCCGAGAUCGAUUCGUAGGGGUCGGAUUAGGGCUAGGGUUUCAUCGCCCUCUCAAAAGUAAGAACAGAGAAAGCGGAAAGCGAAAAGCGAAAGAGUGAAUCCUGAUGGCCCGUCUUCCGGCAGACUCAGACAAGCUCGGGCCUCGUUCCACGGGGACAGCAACGAAGUUGGAGAUCGACGAUGCAUCGGACGAUGACGAGCGCCCCCGCAUCAAGAAGAGAUCCAAGACCACAGUUCCCAAUCUCAAGUAUGUGGUUGGUAGUGUGCUUGAUGAUCCCAGCCCUUUGGGACUUCGUCUCAGGAAGAGCCCUUCCUUGGUAGAUUUGAUUCAGAUGAAACUUUCACAGGCAAAUGCAGCAGCUGCAUCAAGUUUUGGGAGCUUGCAAGCUGGAAAUGAGAAAGAACUGAAGUCAUCAGUCAUCUCUGGUUCGACUCCAGAUAAGAUGAAAGCCUCCAACUUCCCUAUGUCAUUAUUGAGAAUUGGUUCAUGGGAGCGUGUCUCAAAAUACGAAGGCGAUUUAGUGGCAAAGUGCUACUUCGCAAAACAUAAACUUGUUUGGGAAGUUCUUGAAGGUAGCUUGAAGAGCAAGAUUGAAAUUCAGUGGACAGACAUUACUUUUCUCAAGAUGGCAUGCACAGAAGAUGGGAUUGAAAGUCUGGAUAUAGUGUUGGCGAAGCCACCUCUUUUCUUUCGGGAGACGGAUCCUCAACCUCGGAAACAUACCUUGUGGCAACCAACACAAGAUUUUACUAACGGGCAGGCCAGCAUGUUCAGGAGGCAUUUUCUACAAUGUUCUUAUGGUUUUCUAAGAAAAAACAUUGAGAAGAUUGCUCAUUGUGAUCCACGUCUGAAUUCUCUUUGGCUGCAACAAGAUGUAACUUUAGAUCCUCCAAACUUAGAAACACAGCUCUUGUUUUUUGAGGAUCAAGAUGAUUCUGAAAGCCAUGAUCUCAUCGAAAAAGAAGAUUACAGAAACGGCUCAAGUUUAUCUAAUUCUUUCUUCACUGCCACUUCAUUGAUGUCUAGUAAGAAUGAACCGAGGAAUUUUGUUGAAAGGAGGCUUAACCAUGCCUUGAUGGAUUCGCCUUUGCCACGCUCAGGUGUUAACUCUCUUUGCUGUCAGUUCCAGACAGAUACAGGCACAAACUCAAUCCAGGCUUGGCACAAAAAUACCGGUGAUGGCUUGCAACAAGAUGCUGAGUUUCAAGAUGAACUUGAGCACGAUGAAUUUGUUGAUCAAAAGCCAUUUAUCUCAAGAAUCGAAUCGUUUGGGGAACUUCUAAUGCUUCCUCGAGUAACAUCCAUUCCCCAGUUCUUUUUCAACAUUUCAGAAGAUAAGAAUGACGAUGGAUAAAUUGUAUGAUAUCCUUCCAACUUGUGCAUAUUGUUUAGAAUCUAGUAACAUAAAGUUUGAAGCUGGGUUUGAAAACAAAUACUAGGUUGGAUUGAUGACUGUUGUUUGUAAUUAUUGUACAUAAUACCAUUAUGUUUAAAGGAAAGCC